CUGUGAACUGAAGCCAGAAGGCUCUAGCGAAUCUCCUGAGAGCACAUGCAGGACCUUCUAUGAGGCUUGUGGAGAGCGUUUAAACUCACUGGAGGGCUUUUCACAGACCAAUUCACCAGACACAGCUGAGAGAACUGUGUACAGCUCAAGCUGGUGUGAAGACUGACAAGAUCUUCCCUGAAAGGCUCCUCAUUGACGCAUUCACCAGGACACAGUUGGGAGAGUCUUCUACAGAAUUUUUGUCAUUUGAUCUUUCUAGAGACAGAGUCCAACUGAAAUGGAGGAACCUCACAACCAGACAUCAGCAUACGACUACACAGAGCCAACAUUUUUUUAUUAUGAUCCAUUUUAUUAUGAUGUUUCAGAUCAUUCAUAUCCUUAUUCAAUCAUCCAGGAUUUUCAAACCAUCCUCCUGAUCGUUCACUGUCUAAUUUUCUCUGUUGCCCUCCCUCUAAUAUGCGUGGCUUUUCAUGGGUUGCACUCUGUAGUCAAAACCAAUCAUGUUGUGUACGUUAUAAACCUGUUCAUUUCUGAUCUGAUUCAGGUUUUUGCCAAACUGAUUUUGAGUGUAACAAGACAAAUGCAUGUGUAUGAAGUUGACCUACCUAUGAUGUUAGUGUACAUAUUUGGUGUGGGACUUAACGUUUGCUUUAUGGUGUGUAUAUCUGCAGAGAGAUAUACAAUGAUUGCUCACACUGUUUGGUACCGAAACAUGCUAAGGCUGAGGAUAUCAGUGUUUGUGUCUGUCGCUGUUUGGAUAUUGAUAUUGAUAUCGUGUGUCAUCUUGUCUACCAUAAGCAAUGACAAUUUGAGUAUAGUUGUGCUUGUGGGUAUGCUGCUGCCUUACCCCCUGGUGGUGUCCUUUUUUGUGGGGACAUGGAGGGCCCUCUCCAGGACAUCAGUACCUCAUAAUGACCAGAGACAGAUUAUGGCAACCCUGGCUCUUGUUCUUUGUGUUUACACCAUCUCAUUCCUACCUCAUAUAGUGAUAAUAAUUCUAUCUCGAUUUCCAUAUGUAUAUACUGAUCCAGUUUCUCAACAUAAGUGGGAACAUUCUUCUGAAAUUCUCAUUGCCUUGAACCCCCUGUUUGAUUUUCUACUUUAUGUGUUCAUGAGGAAGGAUGCUAAAGAUAUCUUUAGUGCUCUUUUUUCCUGUUUUUAUAAGAGACAUGAAGCAAACACAGUUCAAACAUAUGUGACAGAAGCCCAGGUCUAAACUAAAGGAGCUAUGUGUAGCCCAGACACAACACGUUUAAAAUCGUCACCAUAUUCAAAAUUCUAUUUCUAUAAAUAUUUGUUUGAGGUUGUGCUUGUGGCCUCUCCAGGAAAUCAGUACCUCGUAAUGACCAGAGACAGAUUAUGGCAACCCUGGUUCUUGUUCUUUGUAUUUACAUCAUCUUAUUCCUACCUUAUGUAGUGAUGGAGACUCUCAAUCAUUAACAGAAAAGGAACCUCUUGGAUUUGCUUUUCCUGUUCUGCUGAUGUUCUCAUGGCGUGGAACACCCUUUCACAAAGUAGGUUUUUAGCGAGGUGGGCUCAGUGGACAACUUUAAACUAUUUUAAAAUAAUUUACUUCCUUAACUUUAACUUCUUCUUUAACUCCCUGUUUUAUGCCCCUUGGAUUGUGUGAUUUAUCUUUGAUUAUUAUUAUGUGUCUGGUGCAGUUCUUUUUCUUUUUCAGGCUAAAUAUGGUUAUUUAUACAUAGCCUUACUAGAUGUGGUAAACUGUUAAGUAGUUUAAGAAUAGCAUAAAGACAAAUCAGAAGUACAGCAAUAAAAAAGCGCUCAAAACUAUUGUGGCGUUAUGUACGUGUGAUUGCCUGUACUUCCAUGUUGUGCUUGUUAUGUGACAUACUGCCUGUGCCCGUAGAAUGUUUAUGUCUGUAAUUCUGUUUUAGUGUUUUAAUUUCAAGUGUUUAGUAUCAUGUACUAGAAAUGUGACUAAUCAGACAAAUGAGCAAUUCAAACCCCCAUUAAAGUUUAUCUUUAAGCAAAAAGAAGCUUCAAAGCUGGUGUGGUGGAAGUUCACUGUCUAAAUAGACUAUAUUUAUAUGAUCUAUAAUAUUCUGCACAAAAAGGAAAACCAUCUUUCUUGCCAAGCUCAUGAUAACAUCAUGUUAAUGUGGAGCCAUUACCCCGUCCUGAGAACCUACCGCACUGGUACAACCUGCAGCUGUAGCUUAGCGAUAAACUACUACAUUGU